AUGCUCCAGGAUGGACCUUUUAGAAUACUCAGACGAGAUGAAGAGGUUUUCAUCGUCGAACGAAAUGGCAAAGAGGGUGCCGUGCCUAUUGACCGCAUCAAACCAGCAUUCCUCGACGCGGAGACGCCGCCAAUCAACAACCACGUGGCGCAGACAACUCUUAUUCCUUCUGACAAUAAAGAAACGAUUAUCACUACACGCUAG